CAUUUUUUUUUUGUAACAGCCCUGACUAACAUAUAACCUCAUUUAUGAAUACAAUGAAAAUUAACUUCACAAUACGUUCCACAAAUGACAUUUAUCAUCAGCCAUUGUAACAUUCAAACAAAGAUAGGACCCACUCCUCUUUCUCUAUCGCAUUCAUAUUAGUUUUCUAUAUAUGUAAGCUUCUUCCUUGUAUACUUUUCCUUUGUAGCAAGAAUAAUUUCUCAUAUGGAGAGGCAAAUCAUAAACAAGAAGAAACGAGUGUUCUCUGUUGAACCAAACAAGAUACCCCCUAGUGAAGUCUUCAGGAGGAAAUACACAAGCCACUUAGUUCCUGCACUCAAGAAGCUCAACAUGAACAAGAACUCUCCACAAAUCAACCAACUAAGCGUGAAGCAUGAAGUAGACAUGGCUUUGGCUUUGUCUGCUCAAGAAUUUUCAUGGAGCCGCUUCUUGCUACAGAAGCUAUCGUCCUCGAACAAUCCAACCACUACCAGUUCUUCGUCCAAUGGAAUUCGUAUUCAAGAAAGAUCCGGUAAAGAAGGUGGAGGAGACGAAGAUGGAGAGACAGAGGAGAAACUGAGGGAAUUGCAGAAGCUUUUGCCAGGUGGAGAAGAGAUGAAUGUGGAAGAAAUGUUGAGUGAGAUUGGCAAUUACAUUAAGUGUCUUGAGUUGCAAACGAUUGCUCUUAAGUCGAUUGUUCAAGAUACUACUUGACUUUAAGUUUUAGCUUGUAAUUUUAGUUUGUUUUGGUGUGUUAUCCUUUAGCUAAACUCAUCUAUCUAGUUUUAUUAUCUCUCGUUUUCUAUAAGCUCGAGAGCAUAUGCAUUAUAGUGGUUUUAUUCUUCUUCUCAUAAUUAAUACUCCCUCCAUUUCGUUUUAGAGUAGAAUUUUUGUUUCAAAAUAAGUGUCGUUUUCGGUUUUUAAUACAAAUUUAUUGAUAAUAUUCUCUACUAUAUUUUUCUAUUGGUUGAUAUAUGGUUAGGUC